AUGUUGAUUGGUCCACCUCUGGCGUGGGUUCAGCAAGGCCCCUUGCAGCUGCAUAGCGCGACACAAGAGCACAAUCAGACUGAAAGGAGGCAGAAGUGGGCAUUGCCUGUGACAUUAUGGAACAGCGCGUGCUGUAAAUGGCCAAAUGGCGAAGUCUUCAAUUCCUUAUCGGGACCGUGGGUGGAUCUGUCAGUAGCAAAUAUCGUAAUUAUAAGAAUACACCCGAAAAACUACAAGGUCAUGAGGUUCGAGUCUCUACAGCGAUUUAUGGCUACAAUGUACGGUAAUCUUGAAAGAAAUGCAGGAUGCUCCGGAAUAUUAAGCAAUGCAAAGUGGUAA